AUGGUGAUGUCUCACGAGCAAGAACACCCCAAAAAGGCAUUUGGAUGGGCUGCAAGAGAUUCAUCUGGUGUUCUCUCUCCCUUCCGUUUCUCCAGAAGGGAAACCGGAGAGAAAGAUGUGACGUUCAAAGUGUUGUACUGUGGGAUUUGCCAUUCGGACCUUCACAAUGUCAAGAAUGAACACGGCUCCUCUACCUAUCCUCUGGUUCCCGGGCAUGAGAUUGUUGGUGAAGUAACUGAAAUAGGGAGCAAUGUACAAAAAUUCAAAGUUGGAGACAAAGUCGGUGUUGGAUGCUUAGUGGGAGCUUGCCAAUCUUGUGAUAGUUGUACCGACCACCUUGAGAACUACUGCCCCAAAAAAAUAUUCACGUACGGUGGUGCCAAGUACUACGACGGAAGCACCACUUAUGGCGGUUACUCUGACAUUAUGGUGGCCGAUGAACACUUCAUAGUCCGCAUCCCAGACAACCUACCGCUUGAUAGUGCUGCUCCACUCUUAUGUGCCGGGAUUACAACCUACAGCCCCUAG